UUGUGGCAGCAUUGUCAUCUCAUCCGUGUAGUAGUACAAAAAAUAAUUGCUUAGUAAAUUUCAGAAAAUAUUUAGCAAUGACUAUCCAGAAAUAUUUUGUUAUCAUCGCAGCAAUAAUUUGCCUCGAUGGAAUGAAUGGUCAGGUUCCAAUCCCGAAUUUGGCAUAUGGCCCCGAUCCAGCGCAGGUAAUUGAUGUGUACCUGCCAUCCCUGGAUUUGGGGAGGGUUUCCAAAGUGAUCAUUCUAAUUCAUGGGGGUGCCUGGGGUGGAGGACAGAAGGCGGAUAUGGCGGCGUGGGUCCCAUUCUUACAGGCACUCCUGCCAGAAUAUUGCAUCACGAAUAUGGAGUAUCGACUAGGAACUCGACAAAGUCCCGGAUUUCCCAAGCAACUUGAAGACAUUCACUUAGCCAUUUCCUUCCUCAAAUCCAGUUUCACCCAAAAUGUGACCUUUGCCCUUUUUGGCGCCAGCGCGGGCGCCCACUUAUCCAUGCUCUACGGCUACUCGAGAGACAGCCAGACAAAGGAUGUUAGAGCAGUUGUGAGUCUCGUAGGACCGGGCGAUCUUACAGAUCCGGGCUACACCGAAAACCCGCUGCUAGCCGACCUAUUUCUGGACCUUGUUGGACCCUGCUAUUACUCAGAAUGCCCCCAACUGUACAACGCGACUAGCCCAACGGUUUAUAUUUCCCGCGAUUCCACACCAACACUCGGCUUUUAUGGAAAUGUCGAUCCCCUCGUGCCGAUCAGUCAAGUGCCCUUGAUUAGAGAUAAACUGAAUUCGUUCGGUGUCAUUAAUCAGUUCACGGUUUAUUUGGGAGGACAUGGCGAUUGGGCGUGGGAAUACACGCAAGAUUUGCUGGUGCAAACGGCGAUUUUUUUCACGAUGCAUUGGGUUUAACGAAGUAAAAAUUAUGCCAGUGCCUUCUUGUGGGUUUAAUUAUGCUUACAUACACUCUAAAAAGUAUAUGUACAAGUAUUUAAUAAAACUUAUGUAAAUAUUUAUUUA